GCGGCCGGCCGUGGAGGGCCGGAAAGUUUGUCGGGCGACAGAGGCGGGGACUCCGGCGGGGGAUGCGCGCCAGGCCCGGCGCCCCCCGCUCCCACGGGAGUCUAGCUCACCAUGGGCCGUCCCCAACUGCUCCUACCCCUGUGCGCCUCUGUGUCCUCGCUGGGCGGCCUGACCUUUGGUUAUGAACUGGCGGUCGUAUCAGGCGCCCUGCUGCCGCUGCAGCUCGACCUCGGGCUGUCGUGCUUGGAGCAGGAGCUCGUGGUGGGCAGCCUGCUCCUGGGGGCUCUCCUCGCGUCCCUGCUGGGCGGCGUCCUCAUCGACCGCUAUGGCAGGAAGGAAGCCAUCCUUGGGAGCAACCUGGUGCUCUUGGCAGGCAGCCUGAGCCUGGGCCUGGCUGGCUCGCUGGCCUGGCUGGUCCUGGGGCGCGUGGCGGCCGGAUUCGCCAUCUCCCUGUCCUCCAUGGCCUGCUGCAUUUACGUGUCAGAGCUGGUGGGGCCACGGCAGCGGGGAGUGCUGGUGUCCCUCUAUGAGGCAGGCAUCACCGUGGGCAUCCUGCUCUCCUAUGCCCUCAACUACGCCCUGGCCAGCGCCCCCGGGGGGUGGAGGCACAUGCUCAGCUGGGCGGCGGCCCCUACCCUCCUGCAGUCCCUCAGCCUCCUCUGUCUCCCCUCCGGUACUGGUACCGGUGUCACGGCGCUCAAGGACCUCAUUCCUCUCCAGGGAGGUGAGGCCGCUGAGCUGGGCCUGGGGAGGCCCAGAUACUCCCUUCUGGACCUCUUCAGGGCGCGGGGCAACAUGCGGGCCCGGACGGUGGUGGGGCUGGGGCUGGUGAUUUUCCAGCAGCUAACGGGGCAGCCCAACGUGCUGAGCUACGCCUCCACCGUCUUCCGGGCUGUCGGCUUCUGUGGAGGCUCCUCGGCUGUGCUGGCCUCCGUGGGACUCGGUGUCGUGAAGGUGCUGGCCACCCUGGCCGCCAUGGGGCUGGUGGACCGGGCGGGCCGCAGGGCCCUGCUGCUGGCUGGCUGUGCCCUCAUGGCCAUGUCGGUCAGCGGCAUAGGCCUCGUCAGCUUUGCCGUGCCCAUGGACUCCGGCCCAAGCUGCCUGGCCAUGCCCAACGCCACUGGGCCAUCAGGCCUCGCUGGGGACUCGGGCCUGCCAAGGGCCUCGACUCCACUUCCGCUGCCGACAGCCCGUGAGAACCAAGGGGAGCCAGUCUUGUUGACCUCUGAGACAGUCCAGCCUCACCCCGGAGCUGGGGACCCCCCAGCCCCUGCUCUGCCGGCCUUGAGCCCUGUGUCCCCGACACCCCCUACCCCAGGGCGUGGCCUGCUGCCCUGGGCCGCGCUCGUCUGUAUGAUGGUCUUUGUGAGCGGCUUCUCCUUCGGAUUUGGACCAGUGACCUGGCUGGUCCUCAGCGAGAUCUACCCUGUGGAGAUCCGAGGCCGAGCCUUUGCCUUCUGCAACAGCUUCAACUGGGCCAGCAACCUCCUGGUCAGCCUCUCCUUCCUCGACCUCAUCGGCACCAUCGGCUUGUCCUGGACCUUCCUGCUCUACGGGCUGACCGCCGUCCUCGGCCUGGCCUUCAUCUAUUUAUUUGUCCCCGAAACAAAAGGCCAGUCGCUGGCGGAGAUAGACCAGCAGUUCCAGAGGAGACGGUUCACCCUGAGCUUUGGCCACUGGCAGAGCCCUGCUGGCAUCCCGUAUACCCGCAUCAAGGUCGCUGCAGACCCCUGAGGACUCCGUCUGCCUGGAAGGUGCUGGAACCAUGGCUUUAGCAGACAGUCUUCGGCUUCCUGCUCGCCUGGCUCCUGGAUUCGCAAGUUCUAGGUGGUCCUGUAAGAGCCACUCCUGCUUUAGAAGAGGUCUGUUUGGCCCGGGGUGAAAGAGGAGAGACUUUGAAAACCUAGAAGUCUUCAUUUUGAGUCUCAGGCUCUGAGGGUCCUGGAGGAUCUGCCUUCUUGCCUCAGUUUCCCCAUUGUCUCUGCACAUCCCUGCAAGACCUAUCUUGACAACAUCCCAUAGAGUCUCCGUUGCUCCGUGGGCUUUCUCAAAGAGCCUCCAGGGAGCGAGUCCGGGAAGGAAGUCUCUUCUGGUAUCACCCCCAAAUCCAGAUGAGGAUAUAUUAUAUUCUCAGCUCUCUCUUUCCCUCUGGUUGGGACUUUUGGGUGAGGGGAAAGCCUGCUUUUGUCAUUUGCUAGCGACUCAGACUGGUUGACAGGAUACUUGAGUUCUAGUUCUGCCCUCUGGUGUCAUUGCUACAUGACCGUGGGCCUCAGUUUCCCCGAUACAUACCAUGGGAGAGCUGGACCAAGGAGUCCUUCAAGAUCACAUCUGAUGCCGAUGAGCUGGAGUUCUAAAUGUGAAUACCACACAGCCCUGCUCUCAAGUUGCUGGCCGUCUCUUUAGGGGAUGUCAGUUUUAAUUAGGGGAAUGGUAAAUACAGUUCCAAAAUCGUAUGCACUAAAAUCCAAGAGCUUCCGGGGUGCGUGGAGCAAGCCCUGCGAGCUGUUUCCAGGGUGGUGCCGAGACUCUGCAGAAAAAGCCUGGACAUUGGUGUUGCCUCCGUCUCUUGGCAGCCAGCCUCAGUUUCCACAUCUACAGAAUGGGGAUGAUUGGGCCCUGGGGGUGUAUUUAACCCCUGUCUGACUGCAGGAGGGCCUUCAUCUGGCCCCAUCCAGCUAGUCAGGGCCUGGGGAGAGGUUCUGCCCACCCUCCGUUACCCAGGUCCCCCCCGCCCCUUGAUACACUGUUCAGGGUCAGUCUCCGAGGGGUGAGUCAGAGAUUAAGCAAGGAGCUCAGUCCAGGGGUCACCAGAGGAAGGGCCUGGCAAGAGUGAGUUCCGGGGCACCCGGGUGGUUCCGUCGGUUAAGUGUCCAGCUUCAGCUCAGGUCAUGAUCUCACAGUUCAUGAGUU